CUAGUGGUGGCAGAGAUGGCUCGAGAAGCCACAGUCAGGGAGCCAUGCAUUGAGGCGGGCCUUGUGAAGGUGCUGGUUCCUCAUCUGAACAGCAAUAACCAGGAGAUGCUGCUGAACACCGGCAGGGCCAUUGGACGCAUCUGCUUUGACAACUCAUACCAACAAGACCAGUUGGUUCAGAGUGGUGUAAUCCCCAGACUGGUGUCCAUCAUGAGGGAGUAUCCGAACAAUGACCCCCUUGUAAACGUCUGCCUGCUGGCCCUCUGUAACCUGGCUGACAUAGACUCUGCGAGGGAGGCUCUGUCAGAGCUGGAGGUGGCAGAUGUACUGACCUUUCAGCUGAAACAGGCACCUGAUGCUGAACGCCGACAUGUUAUCCUGGAAAUACUGGGCUCACUGGGCGAGAGUGACUCAUUGAAGCUGCAGUUCGCAGAGUCAGGAGUACCAGAGGCAUUAUCAGAGAUGAUUCGGGGCCUACAAGGAGGUUCGGACCCCCAUGACCUCUGCAGCAUCAAGAUUGCCUCCAACCUCAUAGUGUCACUACUUUUAGGAGAUGAGUCUAUGCAGAAGUGUUUUGCUGAGGGGUCAGGCCUGGUGUAUCAAGAUGUUCUAUCCUGGCUGCAGAGCUCCAACACUCAGCUGCAGUUGUCUGGAGCCCUGGCCAUCGCCAACUUUGCCAGGAAUGACAGUAACUGUGUGAAGAUGCUGGACCUCGGUGUGGUUCCUCACAUCCUGACCUUGUUGGAGCAGCAUGUUGAUGAAGGAGAUGUAUCUGUGCAACAUGCCGGACUGAGCGCGCUCAGAAACCUUGCCAUUCCUGCCACCAACAAAGUGCGGAUGCUGGAAGAUGGUGUGACUGAGAGGAUAAAGACCCUGCUGCGCUCUGACAUGCCACCAGUUCAGUUUAAACUGUUGGGUACACUGCGUAUGAUGGUGGAUGGACAAGAGGAUGCAGCCCUGGUGCUGGGGAAAGAUGCCACGCUGCUAGCUCGGAUCAUGGAGUGGUGUGAAGCCAAAGACCAUGCAGGAGUCCGGGGAGAAGCCAGUCGCCUAUUGGCUGCACUCAUCCGACACAGCCGCAGUACUGAAGUUGUCGAUGCUGUAACAAAAGCUGAUGGGAUUCGGCACCUUAUUUCUAUGGCAACAAGUGAGCAUGUCAUCAUGCAGAAUGAGGCCCUGGUUGCCCUGGCGAUAGCCUCUGCCAUUGACAUUGAGUCUAUGAAGGAUCCAUUUAGGGAGGCUGAGUUGCUGCCCAUGCUGAAGACGAUGUUGGAGGAUCCUGCUGGUGUGGUCGAAGUCAAAUUCAGUGCAUUAGGUCUCAUCUGCAGCCUGGCUAACUCCAGUGUGAUGAAGCAGGAUUUGGACUCUGUGAAUAUGAAGGAAAGCCUCAGUAAAAUGACAGAUCAUAACAGCACUAAACUUGCCUCGCAGGCCAGCUCCAUACUGGCCAUUCUUGGUGAAACCAGCUAA